GUGUCGUUGUGGCACCACUACGUGCAUCGCCAGCUGUUCAAUUUUUGUUGACGUCGUAUUAAGAAGCGUAUUUAUUUACCACCGUUAGUUAAUUAUACUUUAGAAUAGGUACUAGGAACUAAGAAAGCGCUAUGUCGACGGUGGCCUACGAUUCCCUGCUGUCAACGACGGCGGUGAUAAGCACCGUCUUCCAGUUCCUGUCUGGCGCUAUGAUUUGCCGAAAGUACAUCCAAAAGAAGAGCACCGGCGACUCAUCUGGAGUUCCAUUCGUAUGCGGCUUUUUAUCCUGUAGCUUUUGGCUGCGCUACGGGGUUUUAACGAACGAGCAGAGCAUUGUCUUGGUCAACAUAAUUGGCUCAACGCUGUUUCUGAUCUACACGCUGGUAUACUAUGUGUUCACCGUGAACAAACGUGCCUUUAUAAAACAGUUUGGCUUUGCGCUGACCGUACUGAUUUCGGUCAUCUGGUACACCAAUGGACUGGAAGAUAAGCGGGAACAGAUGAUACACGUGACGGGAAUCGUUUGUUGUGUUGUAACCGUGUGCUUCUUCGCCGCCCCGCUCGCCAGCCUACUGCAUGUCAUUCGGGCCAAGAACUCAGAGAGCCUGCCACUGCCCCUGAUUGCCACGUCCUUUUUGGUCAGCCUGCAGUGGCUAAUCUACGGCAUACUGAUAUCGGAUUCGUUUAUCCAGAUACCAAACUUUCUGGGCUGCCUAUUGUCCCUGUUGCAGCUGGGACUGUUUGUUAUUUACCCGCCGCGUAGCUAUUCCGGCCAUGGCUACAAGCUUGUUGAACAAGCGGUGCCAUUUUAGGGGACUGAUUUGAUACAGCCACGCAUUUUGCUACGGUAUUCAAGUGUGUCGCAUACAGGAUAUAUAUUUUAGUAUAACUUUAUGGUCGAACAUGCUUCUCGCUUAGACGCCAAGCUUAUUUACUAUAGAAAUACGUAAGCCUAUAUUUAUUGUAAAAUAUUUAUUAAACAUCCCAAAUUUGUCACAUCUGGUA